GUCCCAGAAGAACUGCUACGGACGCUCAGAGGAGUGGCGGACACACGAGGCGGUGCUGGUCGUGCGGGUCGUGUUGGUCGUUCUGGUCGAAUAUACAUUCAGCGUUGAUGCUUCCUGUGAGAUAGGCGUUGUCUCUCGCGGUUGACAUGUCUCUGUUCGUGGUGAACAGGUAUCUCGGACAGGAGGAGGAUGGGAGCGUCUCGAAGGAAUCUCGCUCUCAGGCGUUGCUGGCUAAACUGCAGCAGAAAGCCAAGGAGAAGCAGAGGCAGAGUUUGACAGAAGCUGGAGGAGACGGGUCAGAGGAGCAGACACUGCAGCGGGGUGCGACAAAAAAAAGAAGAGCGAAUGAGAAUGACAGUCAGGAGCCUCGGCACCACAGAAAGAGGAAAUCCGAGGUGGUGCCUUCGUGUGAGCCCAACUCUGAAAACCAUGAGGAGCCUGUGGAGGAGAAGAAGAAUCAGGAGAGAGGUGUGACUGAGAGGCAGAAGAAGAAAAAGAAGAUUACUACAGGAAGUCCAGCUGACGGUUCUCCAGAGCCUCCUGUGACUGGGAGAGACGGACAUGAGGACACAGAAAUGAUCCCAUCAGAGCACACCACAGAGACGACGUCCGCUCCGACAGGAUUCACCAUUGUGGGAGGAUUUGAGAACAAACCUGUUCAGAAGGUGCACAGAGUCCUGCCUCAGUGGCUCGCUCAGCCUCAGGUCAUCCACAGGGACAUGAAGAACAACCUGGUGCCUGUCUCCGAGGUCGCCGCACUGUGUGAACCACUCGUGAAGAAGCUACAGAGUCAUGGAAUUCAGCACCUCUUCCCUGUGCAGGCAGAGGUGAUACCGGCCAUCUUGGAGAGCUUGCAGCCGGGGCUGCUGUUUGGCCGUGGUGGCUACCAGCCCAGAGACAUCUGUGUGUCUGCACCGACGGGCAGUGGCAAGACGCUUGCAUUUGUCAUACCUGUCAUACAGGUGCUGAUGAGGCGGGUGGUCUGUGAGGUCCGGGCUCUGGCGGUGCUGCCAACCAAGGAGCUCGCUCAGCAGGUGUGCAAGGUGUUCACGUCAUACGCCGAGGGAACCACUCUGAAGGUGGUGAUGCUGGCGGGUCAGAGGUCGUUCGCUGCAGAGCAGGCGUCGCUCUCAGAACACAGGGGCGGCAGGAGAUGCAGUCUGGCGGACGUGGUCGUGGCAACUCCAGGUCGACUGGUCGAUCACAUCAACAAGAACUCGGGCUUGUGUCUGGAACAUCUGCGCUUUCUUAUCAUCGACGAGGCCGACAGGAUGAUUGACAGCAUGCACCAGUCUUGGCUCAGUCAGGUGGUGAGGGCGGUUUACAGAUCAGGAAGUGACUCCAGAGCCACGUCCAUGUUCAGCAGGACCGAACCAGCUCAGGUCACAGCAGCCAGUUUGUCUCCCCCUCAGAUGUUUCUACAAAAGCUGCUGUUUUCUGCCACGCUGACGCAAAACCCAGAGAAGCUGCAGCAGCUCGGCCUCCGCCAGCCCCGACUCUUCAGCUCCAUCCACGCCACGCCAGCAGCCCCCGCCCACAAACAAGACCGCUUCGACUUCCCCCAGGGUCUGACGGAGCAUUAUGUCCCCUGUACGUUGAGCAAGAAGCCUCUCCUCAUCCUCCACUUCAUCCUGCGCCUGAAGCUCAGCCCCAUCCUCUGCUUCACCAACUCCAGAGAGACUGCACACAGGCUUUUCCUGCUGGUGCAGCUCUUCGGAGGAGUCAAUGCUGCCGAGUUCUCCUCCCGCCUCUCUCCUGGUGAGAGGAAGAAGACGCUCAAGGAAUUUGAACAAGGAAAGAUCCAACUGCUGGUCAGCACAGACGCAGCCGCCAGAGGCAUCGACUUCGACGGAGUCAAGUGUGUGGUGAACUACGACGCGCCGCAGUACAUCAGGACCUAUAUUCACAGGAUUGGAAGAACGGCAAGAGCGGGAAAAGCAGGCCUGGCCUUCACCUUUCUGCUCCAAGUGCAGGAGAAGAGCUUCCUUCAGAUGGUGGCGGAAGCAGGAAGCCCCGGGAUCCAGAAGCAGAUCGUCAAACCUGAGAAUCUGCAGACCAUGGAGGCUCGAUAUGAACAAACGCUGCGGGAGCUGGAGAAGGUGGUCAAGGACCAGAAAGCCAAAUGAUGGAGCAACACAGAUAUUCACUUCUGCUGCCUGGAGUAAUUUAUUUUGUUUAAUAAAAUGUUGUUUGGU